AUGAAUAACAGAGUCAGCAUUGCCUUGUUAAUUAUUCUAUUAUGCGGAAUCUGUUUGUAUGUUGCUUUAAUGCUGGUUGAGAAGUUAAGAAGCAGGUUUCCAGUAAACUAUGUUACACUGGUGUUGGUGGUUGUUUUACUGUUUGUCGGUGCGGGAUAUUUGUAUAAUGGUCCAGUACAUCUUGAUAUCUCAGUUGGUGUAACCAUUGUGGUCUCAGUGAUAAUAAUAUUUACCUGUUGGAAUUUGAAUAAUCUGACAACGAAGGGAUUCAUCGUAUUCACCUCAGUAGCAGCUACACUUGCUGUCGUGGGAUUUGUGUUACUUAUCCUGAGGGCGACAUUGAAUAUGCCGGUAUUUGGAAUUCUGGCGGGUGUAUUUUUGGGUUCUGCAGCAACUUUUAUUUUGUUUGCGUG